AUGGCCCCAAAUACCAGUGUCGUCAAUGCCGACAUCUCCGGUUCAAAAAUUAUUGUCCAAUUCAAUCUGGUUACUCAACUCCUCAUCAAACUUGCUGGUAGCCAUAACUUUUCGUUGUGGAAGGCUCAGUUGUCCAUGCUUAUGCGUGGACACAACCUCUUUGGUCAUCUUGAUGGAUCGAUCCCAAUCCCUUCAAAAACUAUCUCUAAAAACAAUCUCGAAGUAUCCAAUCCUGCCUAUGUUUUCUUGUUUCAACAAGAUCAGCUUAUACAAAAUGUUAUAUUGGCAACUGUGGAUGCGACCAUUGGUAGUACAGUCGCUUCUGCUCCAAAUGCCAAAGUUGCCCAGGAUGCCUUGCAUACUGCUAAUGCAAAUAAAUCUCAAACUUGUAUCUUUAGUCUUAGAGACCGUCUAGCCCGUCUCUCCAAAGACUCUCGUCUUGUUGCAGACUAUCUCCAUCAAGUUCGCUCUCUCUGUGAUGAACUUGCCACUGCUAGCUCCCCCAUCUCCAAUGAAGAAUUGGUUGUCAAGAUUCUCAUUGGUCUUGGGUCUGAAUUUCGAGAAAUCUCAGCCGCUAUCCGCUCGAGAUUCAGCUAUUCCCUAUGA